AUGGCUGCUGGGCAACAGAGUCACACAGUAUCGACAUUAGCCAGUGGAAAAAUCUUAGUUGCUGGGGGAUACUACUAUGAUGGAUCAAGUUAUUGCGCAUAUUUUAAUACUUCAGAGCUCUACAAGUCAUCAACCGGAUUCUGGACAAAGACUGGUAAUAUGACCAUGGGACGAACUGGGCAUAUUAUUACUUUAUUCUCAAAUGGAAAAGUCUUGGUUAUUUGUGGAUAUAUUUAUGAUAUUUAUUAUAAUUCUAGAAUGGUGAAUAACUCUGGACAAAAAAACGUUAACAUGAGUACUGAACGAUAUUUACACACAAACACACUAUGGAUGAAUGGAAAAGUCUUGGUUGCAGGAGGAUAUGGUGGAAAUGAAUAUAACUGCUGGGGACUUUUAAAUAGUGCAGAAAUAUACGAUCCAUCAGCAGGAAUCUGGACAAAAGGAGAUAAUAUGACCAUGUCGCGCAUCGCUCACACAGCUUCUCUCUUGUCGAACGAAAAAGUCUUAGUUAUUGGAGGAACCGGUUAUAAUGGCACUUUGAAUAGCGCCGAAUUAUAUUCGUGA